CGCUAACCCUUGCCACCCAGGAAGUGACAGCAGGGAAAACAGAGAGAGCAGUGUUUAUCGACAGUAGCGGAGUUUGAAGGAAGAAAGGCGUCUGCUGUCGACGAGCGGCGAGUUAACAUUUUUAGAAGCUGCUCUGUGCUUUUAACAAUGUCUUAUAAACAAACACCGAGCCUUUGGGAAUGUCUCUGCGCCGUCGUGCUGUGUGUUAGCUUUGUUAGCCAGGGGGAAUGCCAGACUCCAACUCCUCCACCUCCAGUUCCCUGCUCUGCCUACAAGAACUGUGACACCUGUGUUCCGCAUGCCAAGUGUCUAUGGUGCAUCACCUCCAACAACUGCACAGAAUACCCAGUGAGCUGGUUGCUGCCUCCAGCGUCCGUGUGCCAGCUGUCCCAGGCCCGAUGGGGAGUGUGUUGGAUGAACUUUGAAGCCCUGAUCAUUGCCCUGGCUGUCCUGGGUGGAACCAUUCUCAUCGGCAUUGCUGUAUGCUGCUGCUGCUGCUGCUGCUGCAAGAAGAGUCAGUCAAGGCCUGACAGAGAUGAGGAGAGAUUUGCCAGGAGGAGAGAGGAGAUCAAACAGCGCGCUGAGGAACGGAAGGGGGAGAGAAAGGCAAGGCAUGAUGAGAUCCGCAAGAAGUAUGGUCUGAUGGGCGACUCGGACCACCCGUACAGCAAGUUUGAGAACGAGUAAAGCAGCUGCACUGGAGGAGUUCCACCGGCAGCAUGUUGAGCUGCUCUUCACUUUUUAGCUUGGAGUGACGCCCGCUUCUCACACAAACCACCAAAACUGCAGAGUGCCCUCUUUCAGAAUGAUCCAAUUCAAACAGAAAUCACAGUUUGACACUUGACAACAACAAACCUGAUAGAUGAAAAUGCUAAUUUCUCUGGCCUUCUGAUUCUUGAUGAAGAUGCAAUGUUGUGUGGCAGACAGAUGUUAAAGCUUGUUUUAAAACUUUCUGCAAAAGUUCUUUUGUCUUCUGAAAUUCUAUUAUGUGAGUUGUCUCUUUUUACAUAUUGUAGUUUCAUAUCAGUCUUUGCACUUUGUACAUACAGUAUUGAUUUAUGAAAAUACAAAAAAUGAUUGUACUGCAGAUGUGUUUCUGACACAUGAAUAAAAACAUCUUUUCUUUUAA